AGUGCAGUAAAGGCCGGUAUGGAGAGAACUGCUCUAAGAUCUGUCCUAGUACAUGUCUUGAUCGGCUAUGUGAUAAUGUCACCGAUGAUUGCGUGUCCUGUAUUGAUCACUGGACGGGACCAAAAUGUGACGCUUGCAGUAAAGGCUGGUUUGGAAUAGACUGCACUGAGGCUUGUCCCCUACAAUGUCUUGACCAAUUGUGCAACAGCACCACAGGCGAUUGCGUCUUGUGUAGUGAGAACCGGGCAGGCAACAAGUGUGACGAUUGCAGUGAUGGCUGGUUCGGAGUAAACUGCAGGCAUGCCUGCCCAAGAUUCUGUCAUCAUCAACUAUGUGACAACAUCACAGGGGAAUGUUUCUCGUGUGAAGAGCCUCAUCUGGGACCUACAUGCGAGGAAUGUGAACUAGGCUGGUCUGGAGAGAACUGCACUCGCACCUGCCCCAGAAUAUGUCCAGGAAACAUGUGUGACAGCAUCACCGGCGAGUGCUUGUUGUGUGUUGGCCAGCGGACUGGACCCAAGUGUGAUG